AAAACGCUCCGCCAUAAUGAGCAUUUAUUCAGAUCGGAGUACAGUUGUGAAUACGCUGCCGAGUUCUACACGUGAAACCGAAAGAACUACGUGGCCAGCACUGGGCGAUCACAAGAAUAAAAAGUCCGUUCACGUGGCCCCUAGCACGUCCGUGGACAAUCUCAAGACACAUCAAAAGAAGAAGAAACCCGAUCAUGUGCAUUAUUACAAUCAGGAGAUAGCGUCCCAUCUUCAGUAUCGAUCUCAAAUCAGGGUGGUGGAAGAGGUCAAUGGCGAGGAGGUGGACAUGACACCAAAGCUCAUACCGACCAGCUUAUAUGCCGAUCAGUUUCUACGCUUCAAUCUGACGUUUCUCCAUCAAAUGGCGAAUCUGUUGACACUGCACUCCAGGGGUGCUUCGCGCUCUCGCACACGCUCCAGCAUGCGUACGGGAAAUUGGGGCAACAAGCAGUCCAUCGACGAUCUAAUGAAUGGGAUCACCUACGAGACCAUUAAUUUCGACGUGCCCGCCAUCCGCGACAAAAUCGAUAAGGAGUAUAAGCCACAGCCCUUCAACAAGUCCUUCGUGAAGGUAACUCUCCGCAAAUCGGAUUUCUUUGAGCUCCACUCGCAGGGCAGCACCACCGCUGCCAAGGGCACAGCCGAGGGCGACGAAGUGGAGAAGGACAAUCGCGUGUACGAAUAUUUGACGGCGGGCAAGGGCAAGGUACGUCGCCGAUCCGAGAGCCAGGCCCAGACGGACAUUUUGCUGACCACCUCGCGGGCGGUGAACACCAUUCUGGUGACCCAGGCCACGGUUAGCUCCUACGUGUCCAACUUUGAGAUGUACGACACGGUGCACAACCUGCACCGCAAGCUCUCGACGAUGCACAGUGUGGACAGUAUUCAAGUCGACGCCGAGGCGCAGACCGAGAUCGUCGACGAAGAGGACGACAGGGCAGAGCGCGGCAAGGCAAAGUCCGAAUUGGAGAAGCUUUUGGGCAGCCCGGAGUUCAGGAAUGCCGUCAUGUUCAUGGGUCGCACCCUCUCCAGCAACACGAACGAGGGGGGCAUGAAGCGUUUCCGCAACUUCGCGAAGAUCGAUCGCUCCGCGCCGGAAGUCAAAUACGUGUACUCGAUGAAGCUGUUGUUCCGCCUGAUGCCCGUGCCCAGUCGGGAUGAGCGGAAGGCCGUCAGCGACGUUAGUUUCUGCCGCAGCAACGGCGACAUUCUGGCCGUUGCCUACGGCCUCUAUUCGUUCUCCUCGCAGCAGGUUCCCGAGUCUGGGAGUGUCUUCGUCUGGAGCAUCAAGAAUCCGGGGGAGCCAGAGCGCGCCUAUUACUACCCGAUACCAGUGACGGCCAUCUGUUUCUCGCCGUUUCUGCCCUCGCUGAUUGCCAUCGGCCUCUACGACGGCAGAGUCGAGGUGCGGGACGUGAGCAGCCACGCGAACUCACCCAUUGCCACGUCGCAGCGUAGCACCUCGCCGGGCUGUGCGCCCGUGGUGGCCAUACGGUGGAUCAAGCAGGUGGAGGAGGGCGACAGCUUGGACUUUGAAAUCGAUCCCUUUCUGAGCCUGUCGCAGGACGGGUCCGUCACUCGAUUCCGCAUCAUCAAGAGUCCCUUUCUGCUGGGCUUCAAUCAGAUGACUCUCGAACGCGUCGAGGGCCAUCCCGAGGGCCUCACAGUGCCCAUACCGCCGCUGAUGACAUGCGAAUCGAACCGACAUCCGCAAGGACUCAGCCUCACGACCCAUCCGGUGCAGAAGGACAUCUACUACGUGCUCACCGACGAGGGCUGCAUCCACAAGUGCUCCAUCAACUAUCAGCAUCAGUAUCUGGAGGUCCUCAAGUGCCACGAUGGCGGUGUGAGCGUCAUGGAGUUCUCUCCCUGGUCGCCCAAGCUCUUCCUCACCUGUGGCAGCGAUUGGUACGUUCGCGUGUGGAUUGACGGCAUCACUCGUCCCCUGCUGGAGCUGAUGGAUGAGAUGACUCCCGUUCACUGGGCCAGCUGGAGUCCCACACACUCCACAAUCAUUGUGUCGGUGAACCGCGAGACAGCCGAUGUCUGGGACAUCAGACGCAACAUCCUGCAGCCCAUGGCCAAGCAUGAAAUGGAUUCAUCCUUCAAUACAGUAGCACAAUUCUCCAACUGUGGACGCACCCUCGUGGUAGGCAACGAGCGUGGCAAUACUCUCUUCCAGGCCCUAAACGAUAUGCCCUUUGAGCCACACUUUCAGUACGAUGAGCUCGAGAAAGCCAUAUUCAAGGCCAUUGGCAACGAUCACGAGCUGCUGAUGGAACUCAAGAGCAUAGGCUUCUUUGGUUAUCCGAACAAGACCUUCGUCAGGUAGAUCGUCGAUCCUUAUGUAAAAUACCCCCAAGUUAGAUUAAAGAACAUUGUUAAAGCUUCA